CAGCAAAGUCCGCGUCGGUGGCCAGCGCUCGCUGCGUACCUCGUCUAUCAUGCUUUCCGUGAACCAUCGGGCUUUUUCCCUGACGGCUCAUACGGACCUCCGCGCGCGCAACCUGUCACCUAAGCUGCUUUUCCCUCUGGUCCGCCUUCUAGCCGUAUCGAUGGUUCCUCCCAUUCAUUCCACGCGCGCGCCAUCUUUCGCCAGCUCAUUCGGUUCGAUUCUAUACCUUAGUGAUGCUAGUCGCUCUCAAUGCGCAGCAUUGCACAUAUCCAGCCUACACCACUCUUGUCAACAACUGCAAAGUACUAACCACCGGCUCCGCUCUUCAACUCCUCAAGUCCCCGAUCACGCUCUCGCCAUAGUCCACCACUGACGUGUAUCCGGAUAUUGCCUCUCUCCCUGAAGGUUAGCAACCGUUGGUGCGCCCGAGCGUGAUGAGCAGGCGCCGAUGCGCAGACGCGCCGCCUGAGCAUGAUGAGCAUUCCGAUGCGCAGACAGCGGAGCGCAAGAAAACCCAGACGCCGGAGAGCUAGAAUACCUUGCCCCCACCCCACGCGACUGCCAUGGCGCAUCGUCAUAAGUCGCCGGCGGCGCGUAAA